AUACAGCUUCUCUUUUUCAGUCAGCAGAGAGAUGACUCUGUACUCUGUCGGCUUUGAUCUGUUUGUAAAGGUGAAGCAGGAAGUGGAUCUGAAUUCACCUGGUGGAGGCUCUGCUAUGAAUCACUGUGAGGACGGAGAGGAGGGAGACCCUCCCUCUAAAAGCACUCUGUGUGGGGAACAUGAAGCUCAGAGACCAGAGCAGCAGCAUGUACCAGACUCUCCUGGACCUGGACCCAGCUGUGUGUCCUUAAAGAGUGACGCGUCUCUGGAUCGAUUCUUUGAGUUCAAGUCUGGAGAGAUGAGUUCUGAUGAAAGAGUUCAGAGAUCAGAGGCUCCCAUUGGUCAGUCUGCCCAGCAGCAUCAAACACAGCUGGACUCCAUAUUGAUGCUGCUCCAGGAGAACAUUAUCAGUUUUGUAAAGACAGAGCUGAAGGAGAUCCAAAGAGCUCUGAGUCCAGAUUACCCAGAAUGCUUAGAGGGUCAGAGGGAGGAUGAGGAUGAAGAGCAGAGGAGUAGCAGAGAGGCCUUUCUGGAGAUCACUCUGCACUUCCUGAGGAGAAUGAAGCAGGAGGAGCUGGCUGACUGUCUGCAGAGCAGAACCGUUGUUCCAGAGUGCAGACGUAAACUGAAGUCUCACCUGAAGGAGAAGUUCCAGUGUGUGUUUGAGGGGAUUGCUAAAGCAGGAAACCCGACCCUUCUGAACCAGAUCUACACAGAGCUCUACAUCACAGAGGGAGAGACUGGAGAGGUCAAUGAUGAACAUGAGGUCAGACAGAUUGAAGCAGCCUCCAGGACACCACACAGACCAGAGACAACCAUCAGACAAGAAGACAUCUUUAAAGGCUUACCUGGAAGAGAUCAACCAAUCAGAGCAGUGCUGACAAAGGGAGUGGCUGGCAUUGGGAAAACAGUCUUAACACAGAAGUUCACUCUGGACUGGGCUGAAGACAAGGACCACCAGGACAUCCAGUUCAUAUUUCCCUUCACCUUCAGAGAGCUGAAUGUGCUGAGAGAGAGGAAGUUCAGCUUGGUGGAACUUGUUCAUCACUUCUUUACUCAAACCAGAGAAGCAGGACUCUGCAGAUUUGAAGAGUUCCAGGUCUUGUUUAUCUUUGACGGUCUGGAUGAGUGUCGACUUCCUCUGGACUUCCACAACAAUCAGAUCCUGACUGAUGUUACAAAGUCCACUUCAGUGGAUGUGCUGCUGACAAACCUCAUCAGGGGGAACCUGCUCCCCUCUGCUCGCCUCUGGAUCACCACACGACCUGCAGCAGCCAAUCAGAUCCCUCCUGAGUGUGUUGACAUGGUGACAGAGGUCAGAGGGUUCACUGACCCUCAGAAGGAGGAGUACUUCAGUAAGAGAUUCAGAGACCAGGAGCAGACCAGCAGUGUCAUAUCCCACAUCAAGACAUCCCGAAGCCUCCACAUCAUGUGCCACAUCCCAGUCUUCUGCUGGAUCACUGCUACAGUUCUGGAGGAUGUGUUGAAGACCAGAGAGGGAGGAGAGCUGCCCAAGACCCUGACUGAGAUGUACAUCCACUUCCUGGUGGUCCAGUCCAAACUGAAGUGCAUCAAGUUCGAUGGAAGAGCUGAGACUGAUCCACUCUGGAGCCCAGAGAGCAGGAAGAUGAUCAAGUCUCUGGCAAAACUGGCUUUUGAUCAGCUGCAGAAAGGAAACCUGAUCUUCUAUGAGUCCGAUCUGACAGAGUGUGGCAUCAACAUCAAGGAAGCCUCAGUGUACUCAGGAGUGUUCACACAGAUCUUCAGAGAGGAGAGGGGACUGUACCAGGACAAGGUGUUCUGCUUCAUCCACCUGAGCGUUCAGGAGUUUCUGGCUGCUCUUCAUGUCCAUCUGACCUUCACCAACUCUGGACUCAACCUGAUGGAAGAAGAACAACCAACAUCCCUGAUCUCUAGAAUCUUUAGGGACAAACCUACACUGAAACGUCUCCAUCAGAGUGCUGUGGACCAGGCCUUACAGAGUCCAAACGGACACCUGGACUUGUUCCUGCGCUUCCUCCUGGGUCUUUCAUUGCAGACCAAUCAGACCCUCCUGAGAGGUCUGUUGACACAGACAGGAAGUAGCUCACAGACCAAUCAGGAAACAGUCCAGUACAUCAAGAAGAAGAUCAGUGAGGAUCUGUCUGCAGAGAGAAGCAUCAACCUGUUCCACUGUCUGAAUGAACUGAAUGAUCAUUCUCUAGUGAAGCAGAUCCAACAGUCCCUGAGAUCAGGACGUCUCUCCACAGAGAAACUGUCUCCUGCUCAGUGGUCAGCUCUGGUCUUCAUCUUACUGUCAUCAGAGAAAGACCUGGACGUGUUUGACCUGAAGAAAUACUCUGCUUCAGAGGAUGCUCUUCUGAGGCUUCUGCCAGUGAUCAAAGCCUCCAACAAAGCUGUGCUGAGUGGAUGUAACCUGUCAGAGAGAAUCUGUGAACCUCUGUCCUCAGUCCUCAGCUCCCCAUCCUCCAGUCUGAGAGAGCUGGACCUGAGUAACAACGACCUGCAGGAUUCAGGACUGAAGUGUCUGUCUGCUGGACUGAAGAGUCCUCACUGUAAACUGGAAACUCUCAGUCUGUCAGGAUGUCUGAUCACAAAGGAAGGCUGUGUUUCUCUGGCCUCCGUCCUGAGCUUCAACACCUCCCAGCUGAGAGAGCUGGACCUGGGUAACAACAACCUGCAGGAUUCAGGAGUGAAGUUUCUGUCUGCUGGACUGAAGAGUCCUCACUCGAAACUGGAAACUCUCAGUCUGUCAGGAUGUCUGGUCACAGAGGAAGGAUGUGCUUCUCUGGCCUCAGCUCUGAGCUCCAACCUCUCCCACCUGAGAGAGCUGGACCUGAGCUACAACCAUCCAGGAGAGUCAGGAGUGAAAGUUCUUUCUGCUGGAUUGGAGGGUCCGCUCUGCAGACUGAAAACACUGAGGGUGGACCAUGGUGGAGAGCAGAGGUUAAAACCUGGAGUGAAGAAGUAUGUCUGUGAACUCACACUGGACUCAAACACAGCGCACGGAUACCUCAGACUGUCUGAAGACAACAGGAAGGUGACAUGUGUGACAGAGGAUCAGUCAUAUCCUGAUCAUCCAGACAGAUUUGACUUCUGUCCUCAGCUGCUGUGUAGAGAUGGUCUGACUGGUCGCUGUUACUGGGAGGUUGAGAGGAGAGGAGGGGUUUUUAUAUCAGUGAGUUACAGAGGAAUCAGAAGGAAAGGAGACAGUCGUGACUGUGUGUUUGGAUCUAAUGAUCAGUCCUGGAGUCUUGACUGCUCUGAUGGAGGUUACUCUGUCUAUCACAAUGACAGGGAAACAGAUCUCCGUCUCUCCUCGUCUUCUGUCUCUCACAGAGUAGCAGUGUAUAUGGACUGCCCGGCUGGCACUCUGUCCUUCUACAGAGUCUUCUCUGACUCACUGAUCCACCUCCACACCUUCAGGACCUCCUUCACUGAACCGCUGUACCCUGGGUUUAGGUUGUGGUCUCCUGGUUCCUCAGUGCGUGUGUGUUCUGUGUAGCAGGGAGAGUCUCCUCCUCUCUACACACACAGCUGCUAAAGAACGGUGUAUCCUCUGCACUCUGACACACACACACUUCAGCUGAUCAUGUGACUGUUUCUGUCUCAGCAGCAAGGGCGUCGUAGUGGGGGGAAAGUGGGACUGACUACCUAGGGCCCAAGUGGCGAGGGGGGCCCUUAAUGGACCUGAAAUAAAAUGUGUUUGCUACUACGCUUUUUUAUUUUGUUUUGUUAUAGCUGCAAUAUGAUAACUAAAAUUGUCUGAAUUAAUAAAAAUACAUUCAGAAUUCCUUUCUGGAAAAAAGGGGAGUCUCGGCUCCCCACUCAUUACUACAGUGGGGAAUUGUCAUAUUUUCACAGCAUCAAGUGUGGCUGAAUCUGAUUGAAAGUAAACUGUAGGUUUUUAGAGUUCUAUCUUACCCCAUGAGGUUAAAUCAGUCGAGUCCAAACUUUUUUCAAAGAGGGCCACAUUUGACGGUGUCAGAAAACCUCAGGGCCAGUGGCUCCUACUGAGACUUAGUAAUCAUAAAAGUAAUAAAUUAACUCCAUUUAAUAACAGUUAUUUUACUUUUUUCCCCUCAAUAAAUCAGUAACUAGGUAGUCCUCCACAAGCCAUGUAAACAUUUGCAAACUUUAUAUUCUUCUGGAGGAAAAUGUUGUUCAUUAGGGUCGGGCAAUGUGGGAAAAAUAUUGUCUCAUUAUUUUUCUAUGGCAGGAUCACGAUCUGGAUUUCAUCAGUCUUCUUUUUCAUGUUGUUUUUAAGACUGUUCUGACCAGCACACAACAUAUUAAGAACUAAAUAAUUAUUUUCCUGCGUUUUGAACAUUUUUUAUGCACCAAAUUUUGCCUUUUCUGUACAAUUUCAUAAUUUUGAUCUUGUCUUGUGUCCUCUUUUGUGUCUUCUGAACUUUUAGUGUUCAUCAAGAACAUUUUCACAUCGUAAUAAAACCAUCCUAAGUGCUAUGAAAAUUCAUGAGGGUGCCACUGUAUCGGAUCUUUUCCAAUUGAAGACUAGAAAAUAAUAUUAUGGAUGAGAUGAGUGUGGGUGGGUGUAGCAGCAUUCUUACAGUUCAGUAAUAUCAACCGCCAUGCUAGUAUGGAGAGCUUUUUUCUGUGUGUGAGGGUCUAUGCUAGGGUACAGUUUAGCCAGGGCAGAGUUGCAAUAAUGAAGACGAUGCAGGACUUUGAACUGGAUCAGACUGUGACGUGCACAUACAGUGGGGCAAAAAGUAUUUAGUCAGCCACUGAUUUUGCAAGUUCUCCCACUUAGAAAGAUGAGAGAGGUCUGUAAUUUUCAUCAGAGGUACACUUCAACUAUGAGAGACAAAAUGAGAAAAGAAAUCCAGGAAAUCACAUUGUAGGAUUUUUAAAGAAUUUAUUUGUAAAUUAUGGUGGAAAAUAGGUAUUUGGUCACCCACAAACAAGCAAGAUUUCUUGCUCUCACAGACCUGUAACUUCUUCUUUAAGAAGCUCUUCUGUCCUCCACUCGUUACCUGUAUUAAUGGCACCUGUUUGAACUGGUUAUCUGUAUAAAACACACCUGUCCACAGCCUCAAACAGUCAGACUCCAAACUCAACCAUGGCCGUUGUGGGUGCUUUCCCUCGUUUCCUAUUAUUCCGAUCCAUCUUAUUUUUAAAUGGCAGGAGACGGUGAUGUACGGGUUGACAGCUUCUGACACUGACGUCAAAUGGAAAGUUCUCAGACUUCCAACAAGUUCAUAAGCCAUUGAGAAUGUGUUAAAGUGCCAUUAUAAUCCAUGACAGAGGGAAUGUUCUGGAACUAGAGAAAGGGGGCGGGUGUCAUGGUUUGAUUAGUUCACUUUUUUCCUUGUGUUUCGUGCCUUGGUUCCUCCCCGUGAUCCGUCUCUUGUUGUGUUUUUUUAGUCUAGUCUUGUGUUUACUGUUUUUUUGUUUUGUUUAUCAAAACCUUUUUAUUCUAAAAUCUGCACUUGGGUCCUCCUUCAGUCUUUUCCCCAACGUGGCAGCAGGUCUAUGUCAGCUGCACCUCAUGCUUGCCAUGCAGCAAUGGGUAAUUGCAGAGAGGAGGAAGCUGCUGCAUGAUUCAAAGACUUGGGAAGCUGGAAGUUCUUUUUACUCCCUUUAAGUGGAUGCAACCCACAAGGUAUGUGCGUUUAAAGGCACUGAGGACUAUCGGUCUGGAGUUGUUUUCAGUGACACCUUUGGGUGGAGUCGGUAGUGUUUUCCCAUGAGCACCCUCACCUACUGUCGUGAAGACGUGGCUCUUACCAAGGCGUGUAUUUGUUUUGGAAGCAAUUGAAUGAAGAAAGCAUUGUGGUAGACACUACGGGGUGGAAUUUUCACACCAGAACAGGGGAGGGAGUGUUUGUGGUAUGCAUUUGUAUCUUCGAAGUCCAGAGGAAAGACUGACCUCCCUCAAGCCUGCCUCAUCUCAUCUUGUUCCUUCCGACUUCUGCAUUGGUGACCCUGACGUCGGAAAAUGUAUGCUGGGAAUGCCGCUGAAGGCGCAAAACCGGGGGUCUCGGCAGCUGUACCGGUACCUUCCUUUUCACCUGCGGUUUACGCGGCGACAAUCAAGGUCCCUAAUUUAUGGCAGCACAACCCGGAACCGUGGUUUCAGCACAUCAAGGUGCAGUUCCUGUCGGUACAUGAGACUAAAUGUUACCAUGUGGUCGCAGCCUUGGAUUCUGCUACCACCCCCCGGGUUAUGAGCUUGCUGAGGGGCCCGCGGGUGAAUGGCAAAUAUGAGGCUCUUAAGAACUUGCUCCUGUGCCAGUUCCAGCUGACGGACGUGGAGCGGGCUGAACGCCUUUUGUCUCUCAAUGGCUUUGGGGACAGCAAGCCAACUGAGCUGAUGGAGAACAUGCUAACGUUUUACACUAUUUUCAGGAUGCAAAGCGUAUGUAUGGAUGACCUCUAUAGUAGCAGCAGACCUUAUUUAUUUUCAGUACUUUAUUCAUACAUUUGUGUUAUUUUUAGUGUAGCUAGAUGUCAAGGCUGACAUGAAUACUUACUGUAACAAGUUUACAAUAAAAUACAUUUUUAAACCUGUGUGACAUACCUGGAGCAUUAUAUAUGCAAGUUCAAUUUUACAGCCAUAGGCAGAGGGUCCCCUUAUUAUUUCUUUAUAUUACUUAAUUCAACUUCAAAUGUCAAUUAUCUAACAUUUAUCUGCAUUAAUUCAUAGACUAGCUCAAUACAAGACCUCAGCUUUGAGCCAGAGGGGACAACCCACUUCUCCAGCUCAUCUGAACCUGGGCUUUCAGGAGUGGGCAGAGGACGGGGGAGAGCUCGAGGUAGAGGGAAAGGUGUCGGUGUCCGAGGUGGUGCCAGAGGAAGGGGCCGAGGCAGGGGCAGAGUGAGGACAACUGACAACAUUAGCCUGGAAGACUGUCAGAGAAUGAACCAUCUUCAGGAGGCCAGAACAUCUGCAAUGAAGGCUAUUUUUUUACUUUCUUCCAAAAGACAAAUUAUUGCUGUUAAGACCAAUUACAAGACCAAUUUUCAUUUUCAGGAUAAAGUAGUGUCCUUGACAUCUGACCAAAAAGACCAGCUGCUGGAGGAGGUCAUGUUGAGGCUUCCAGGGCUUAUGCUUGACCUGUUGGAUUGCUUGGAGCCUGAUCCGAACCCUGAGGCCCACAGCGGAGCACAACCAGACUGGUGCCUUUGCAGUUAUUGCAGAGAAAUGCCCUCUGACUUGGAGCGGAAAUGGCCAGAGAACUGCAUCAGCAGGUCUGCAUGCAUGGACUUGUAUGUCCUUGAUGAAGGAGUUCUGCGCUUGGCACUCACAUCUUGGAAUGACAUCUUUGCUGUCGAUGAAGCCCAGGAGCCAGGCGUGGAACAAAGGCAGUACAGGCACACAGCAUACAGACAGUAUGUGUUGUGGCAUUAUGGACGUUUAGGGGAGGACAACAGAGUUGUGAUUCUAGUACGGAGAAUUAGGGACACUUUUCCAGACGCUCAGGGACACUACACUGGAUUUAUACCUCGCAGGCUAAAUUAAAGUGAUAAUAAUCAAGAAGAGUACAAUAACAUUGUUUUAUCUGCUACGGACCAGUCAAUAGAAGUUUCACUUUAUUUUUUUUGUACCAAUUACUGUAUAGUCACAUUGACAAAGCAAGUUGCUAUAUGCAUAUUUAUUUUUUACUUUUGAAUGAAUGCAAAUAAAGUUUUUCUUGUCUUC